AUGACGAAACAUGAUAAUGAACGAAACCGGAAUCACGAAGAGAAGAAUAAACGAAUGACAAUGAUGAAGAAUAAGAAGAGGAACAUUUCGAGGUUGGGUGGGAGUGGACUUUCGCUUGAUGCUUUCGCUAAUGCCAAAUCCAAUAACAGUCAAUACAAUCCAUCGCUCAUAAAGAAGCAAAGGGAGAUAUACAAGAAUGCUAAAAAUGUGCAAAAGUAUAAGAAGAUGCUAAAGCAGCAAAACCAGCAAAAUGAUCCCCCGGUGGCCCAAAGACAUAUUGAGAAUUUGAAUGUAACUGAAGAGGACAACAAAGACAAGAACAAAAGGAGGAAGAGGAAGAAAGAUAGUGCUUUUAGUUUGGAAGAAUUAUACAAGAAGCAACAUGAAGAAAAAGAGAAAGAAAGAAUGGAGAGGGAAGCAAUUUUCCAGGAAAAGAAAGAACAGCAAGAAAAAGCCGAAGUUCACAGAAAAACUUUGCGCCAAAAAAUGCUUAAGAAAACACGAAAAGGACAACCUGUCAUGAAAUACAGAAUCGAACAUCUUUUGGAGACAAUUCAAAGCUCAGCUAAAAAUGCAUCUGGCAACUAA